ACCGACUCACAGCAAAAAUGACACUACUUUUUCAUGGUACAUUUUCGAGAGCGGUUUUGUUCCCGGUUGAGUCUCCCAGCUACUUUAAUUGUCGAAGAGAGUAAAAGCUCGCAUAUAAUGGAAAGAAGUCGUCUCUUUCGCGUUCCGAAUUACGUGAGACGGUGAACGAUGGCGUACCACCGCCAUCAUGCACAGGAGCUAACCAUUCCACAGUACUCCGAAAAUCGGUUAGCUGAAAACCCAGCCGCCAUCCCCUCAAUCGCCUCCGAACUCAUCGGCCGAACCACUUCAAACGUUGCGGGCAAGACGCCACGAACCAUCGCCGGCGGCCCCACGUGGCUCAACGGCGCAAUUCUCCGACAGCAAUCCCAGCAAUUCGGGGAUGGAAGCUUCCUCCACCUCCAAACCGCCUCCGAUUCCUCUACUUCCCCUGUUGCAGCUGGCCAGUGGGUCCCACACCGGCUGUUCAACGGAGAGGAGGAGGUUCCGGUAUCGAGCGAUUCCAUGAUCGCGGCGGUGAUGCCUGAUCCAGUGGCCAUCGACGGAGAAACUGUGGCCGGCGGCGGGAGAGGCCAGCAGGCGGUGGAGGGCACGUGGCAGAACGCGAGACACAAGGCGGAGAUAUUAGGGCAUCCGCUGUGCGAGCAGCUGUUGUCGGCACACGUGGCGUGCCUGAGGAUUGCCACGCCGGUAGAUCAGUUGCCGAGGAUCGACGCUCAGCUCGCGCAGUUGCAGCAAGUUGUGGCUAAGUACUCUGCGCUUGGAGCACAGCACGGCGGUCAGAUCCUCACCUGCGAUGAUAAGGAGCUCGAUCAUUUUCUGGUUAGACAAUUUUCUUUCUUUUUUUAAUAAUGUAAUUUGGUAGAAUUUUAACUGUUUUAAUAAUUUUCUCCAUAAUAAAUGAAAAUUUAUAUACAAACUACCGAAUUGCUAUGUAUUUAUAUGUUUUGCAUCAAAAUUUAUAUUUACUUAUAUAAUAUUUUAAUCUGUCUUACAUAUAAAAUUUCACUUAUUUAAACUCAUUUUCACAUAAACCCCCCAAAUAUAAAGUACGUUUGAAUGUAAAAAAGUAAUGAUCUUUUAAUUAUUAUAAAAAUACAUUAAAUUUUUUAAUUUAAAAUUUAAAAUAUUAUUUUACAUUCUUGACGAAGAGUGUAAUAAUAUCCAUUCAAGAAAUAAAAAAUAAAA